ACUGCUCGUAAAGUACCACGUAUUGACAACAUUAGUGACAGCACUGCUUUACCAUUAAAAAAUUUAGGAAAGUACUUUUGGGAGCAACCUUAUAUGAAAAUAAUCAAGUUUGUGUGUGUUUAUUUAAACUUUAAAUUUUAAAGUGUAUUUGCCACUUUGUUGGACUGAUAUAUAUUAGUUGUUGCAAGGAUAAUUUGAGGUGAAACGUAAUUUGUUUAGAAUGCACUAUGAAGAGCUUGAUGCUUUGGAUCCGCGUAAUGCCACUUAUACGAGCCGAAUAGAGACACCUCCUCCUCACAAAGUUGCUGUUUUGAUUUUAGUGCAGCAGUAUCUCAAAGUAAAAAACGCCGCUACCGAUGCAGGAAUCGCCUUUCCCUUGCAGGCCCGGCGAAAUUUUUGUAUGGUACUACUAAAAUUGAUACAGUACCCCGAUAUGACCUACAAUGACUUGUACAAUUUACUUACUUCUCCACGAUAUAAAAUAAAUGUCUUGCAUUUGGAAAGUUUCGAAAAAGCUAUGUCCAAUAUUUUUACUCUCGGCAUUGCAACGCUCUGUGACUUUGCUGAGCGUCAGAAUUGGGAUAAUCUUCUAUCAGAAGAAUUGGGUGUCAGUCAAUUUAGUAUUGUGGGGCUAUAUAUUCGACGUGUAUGUGUUAUUUUGGAACGCUUGUCAUUUCCGGAGAUUAUGGCUCUGUAUAAGAAUAUUUGCUUGUACUAUGAAAAAGGAGUACGUUCACUGGCGAUUGGGCCGCGAAGAAUAGGGGCCACCGCGUCCAAUGCUCAGGAUAAUGCAUUUCAGCGCCCUCUUGGACGAAAUGCGGACGAUCCUGGAAACACAUUAGAAGGAUCUGCAUUAGACACAGAUACCGUGCACCAAGAUCGAAACCUCCACAGUAAAUGGUCCCCAAAACAGGCGGAUCUUUUCGUAACUCAACAAUGUAAAUUGCUAGAGAACAACGAGCUUCGUGCGCUGCCGCCUAUAGAGCUUCAAAAUAAAUUAACUGAAAUAAUACAGGACAACCCGCUCAAUUCGCAAGCGUACUUUUUGGGUUACAUGAAUCAAUUAAGGUUACGAGAUUAUUACGGUGCCAUGGAUGCCCUGCAUCGUGCCUUCGAUCGAGGCCCUAUGCAGAUGAUGACUCAAUGUGAACAAAAGGGUUUUCAGUACUUUAGUGUCAACUUAGCAGUAUUGCAUGCUUGCUUCGACCAUCGUCGCGAGGCAUUAAACGCACUAAAGGAAUGCAUUAUGUUGGCACAAGAAUGUGGGGAUAAACGUUGUUUAGAUUUAGCAAAUUCGUGGUACUGCUUACUUAAUAGCAACAAGAUCGACCCCUUCGAAAAAAGUCUGCCCGACAUUCAGGAUCCUGGUCUGGUACAAUCUUUAUCGUUAGCAAUCCAAUAUGUUGUGAAAUUUGGUGUGCAGUGUGGGUAUUUGCCUUUGGAUCUCUUCGAAUUGCUACUCAAGAGCGACGAAUUGAAUAACAAGAACUCCAUACUAGAGCAUGCGUCCAAUUCACUAGCCUUAAGAUCUGCGCUUUGGUGUCUCUAUGGACGUCACGAAAUUUCAUCGUUGUAUGCUCAGUUGCUCCUUCAAUUGAAGAAAACAUGGGCCUUUGGCGAUAUCGGUAAUUCAGAGAGUGUUAGUAAAGUACUCGCUAGCUUAGCAUUGUGGUUGAAUGUUCAAGGAGAACUUCAAAUGAGCGCUGUGGUGCAAAAUCACGCCCGUAGCCGUUUUCCGCGUUACCCAAACGCAAAUAAUUGGAUGAUUAGCGAAUACCACAUCGUCAUACAACAAUGUAUUUAUCGGUGCCGCUGGCAGGAAGCAAUCAAAGCAUGUAGUCAAAUGUUUCUGCUGGAUAAAAAUGCGGGGAAUCUACAACUUGCAUCUGUGUUAAUCGCUAAACGAUAUUUCAAUACAGCACGACGUGUUAUUCAUCAACUUUAUAAUUGUAACUUAGAUGUUUUGACGCAAGUGCGUGUUUUGGUGCUUCAAGCGUACACAACGAUUUGCGAAGAUCGGGUAUCGUCUGAAACAGCGGAGUUCCUCAUUCGGGCUUCCGUUCUGGCAACAUCGGCUUAUAUGGAAUAUGAGCAAGCAGUUAUCGACAUGGUUCUGGCACAAGUUCUUCUUAAAAUGAGAAUGCCGAAAAAAGCUUUUCAAGCUGCUAAAAACUGCAUGGAGAAAAUUUAUGAGAACGGCGGCAUUUAUGAUCGCGCCAAAAUGGAUUUUUUAUUUGUACGCUGCAUGGUAGCAGCCAGUGAAAAUGAGGAGCGCAAAAUGAUUAAUGUUAUGAAAGGGAUAAGCAUAUUGGAACGAGCUAUAUCUUGUUUUAAAAAAUUAGAAGCUCACGCUAAGGUACUUGAUAUAUUUGUUUAUUUAGCAAAAACCUUUCAUGAACUGAAAAAACCGCAGCAGCGCAACAAAUAUGCAUCAAAAUUUAAACACUAUUACUCGGAGUACCCCAUAGCAAGGGAGUACCUUGGAAUGGUUUUUUAGACAUUUAGGCGUUAUUUUGUUAAAUUAAAAAUUUUUAAUAUUG